UGUGCGUGUGUGUGUGUGCAGGUGUACCCUAAAAGCAUGUUGUCUAGUGUUCUGUCUGUCGAUAUAAUGUGUGUGUGUGUGUGUGUGUGUGCAGGUGUACCCUAAAAGCAUCUUGUCUAGUGUUCUGUGUGUUGAUAUGAUCGCUGUCUUACCUCAGAUCUAACAGCAGUAAGCAGGUGUGUGUCUCCAGUUGUUCCAAUGACUCUCAACUGUCUAUCUAUUCUCAACAUGACUUCACUGUUCUCUCUCUUUGUCCCUUUGUGUGUGUGUGUGUGUGUGUUGGGUGUGUGUGUGUUUCGGUUAGUUGUUUGUGUAGAGGGGUGUCCAUUGUCAGUGUAAGGUCACAACUAUGAAACAUUUUAAUCCCCCACAAUGCAAUGCUCCUGGCAAAGCCUAACAGCAUGCCCCCAUUUCACACUCAUAAGCACCUAGUGGAUUGACUCUCUCUCUCUCUCUCUCUCUCUCUCUCUCUCUCUCUCUCUCUCUCUCUUUCUUUCUCUCUCACACACACACACACACAUACACGGAGAUAGAGAGAGACACAGGUCAAAUAGUAAUCACUGAAUGUACUGUAACUGAAGCAGUCAUGACUGAGCCAAGCAGUGGACUAUUUUACCUUCCAAUAAUCUAUUUAUGGACAGAUGCACACUUUUUGCAUCCUUCUCUGCUUUGCUGUAUUUGAACCAUCUGUUACAUCUUUCCCCCAUCGAGGGGUUGAAGGGCGUCUGACGUCUCUGGCCCCUCCAGUCCACCUGUCAGGUGAAAGACUUGGUUGGACGAUGCUAGUCUGCAUGGUGACUGACUUCAGGAGAGGGCAUCUAGAAGUCAGCUGGAGGUCACUAUCAGAAGGUCACUUUACCAGCUCGUCAUAUAGCCUAGCUGUAAACAGUAAGCAUCACGGCCACAGUGCUGUGGCAACCAUCACUGUGGCGACCAGAGACUGGCCGUCCUACAGCUGCUCUGUGACUCAAAAACGACGGCCCAGAGUGAUGAGGAGACAUCACACUGAUCCAUCAGGUCAUCAAGACAAGACCUGCCACAAAGAGGACGACACAGACGAUGUUGUUUGGUGGACCAACACGGUGGUUGUCAUGAUAAUGAGGCUGCUUCUCAUGAAGAGCAUCGCCUUUAACACUUUGAUUACCAUAUACGCUGUUAUAAAAUGAUGGUUGGAGCGGAGGGCUUCUGAUGCAUUGUUUGAUCCCGUAAGAAAACAAACCCAAAGAGAGAAACUCUUUCUUAUCUGAAGUCUGCACACUGAAGAUUUCUGCACUGUCUUAACAGACUGCCUUUGAAGCUGACUUGGUGGAAACAUUCUUAUGCGGAGACUGGAAUCUUGUGGAUUAUAUGGGAAAUUAUCCUCUGUCUGGAUCACAGGAGUACCAAGUGUCAAUGCUGAGUCUGUAGCAUGCCUUUCAUUGACAUCCCAGCAGGUGUUUUCAGGCUGUGACAGUUGAAAACAGAUAGUGUUUAUGAGGGCAGACCUUGUAUCUGAUCAAAACUUAACCUCAGACUGGUGGAGUAACACACAUUCUGUUGAACAUGUGUUUGUGAGAAACUCUUUUUAUACUGGUUUGUUACCUUGAACCACUUGGGUUACUGAGAAGAUUCAUAAGAAAACUAAAGGCUGUUAGAAGUUUACAAAAAACUGCCUGAAUGUGACAUAAAUAAAUAGAAAGAAAGCUUGAAA